AUCACAAAACCACCGGGUACAGCAUAUCCAUUUGAUUUGCGAGGAAGUCUGAAACAGGCCGGGCUGGAAACAAUCGUCCAUGAAACAACAAGCGAACGACAUAUGCUCAAUCUAUUUUUGUGUAAACUACAAAAACUCGACCCGGAUGCAUUUGCGGGACAUGAUUUGUCGGCUCAGUUAUCGCUUUUAUCGUCACGUCUAGAAAAACUUAAAAUUAAUAAUUGGUCACGUGUGAGCCGGCUGAAACGAGCAAUUACAAUCAGGCAAAUAUCCAGCAGCAAGUCAUCACAAUGGGAAUUGACAGCCGGACGUUUCAUAUUGGAUAGCAGGUCAUCCGCAAUGGAGCUUGUGAGAAUGCGAAGCUACGAUUUAUGCGAGUUAGCAUCAAAUUUGCUUGGAAUGAAACGAGACGCUCCAUCAAAUGACAGUAUUGCUUCUUUCUUUGCGUUACGUCUGUUUUUGCUCAGUAAACCGGUCGUAGUGACCAGUUUACUGAGCAAAAACAGACGUUGA